CCUCCCCCGCUCAGAGACGUCACUUGGGGUUCAAGGUUUCCGGAGCGGGCCAUUCAUUAGCAGGACGCGUUCAAGCGGCACGUAUGGCCGCCAGCGCACGGAGCGCGUGCAGAGCGGGUCCGUCGCCGGUUUGGCUCGCGCAGCGGCGUUGGUCCAGCGGUGUGUCCUGCAGUGUCCCACCCGCCCGCGCACGCGAGAGCGAUGUGGCCCCGAUUCGCCCGCGCCGCCGCCGCUCCGGCCUGCCGCCUCGCGGCUGCGCCCGCGGCGCGGGGCUCGCCGUUUGGCACCCGCAGGCUGACUGUCGCGGCGGCAGGCGCCACGGCCACCGUGGCAGCAGGAUGGUCGAUGGGGCAGCCUGGAGGCCAGGCGGCGUCCUGUGAGGCGGCCGUCGAUUGGGAGGCCGUGAGGAAGGAGGUCGUGAAGCUCAUGGACGAUGACAAGUACCAGGACUCGUCUUACGACGGGGCCAACCCGGGGCCCCUCUUCCUCCGUCUUGCUUGGCACUCCGCUGGCACCUUCUGCAAGCACACUGGCACCGGUGGCUCAGUCGGUGCGACGAUGCGCUUCGAGCCCGAGGUCUCUUGGGGUGCCAAUGCGGGCCUGAAAUACGCGCAGGACCUUCUCGAACCUAUCAAGCAGAAGUUCCCUCAGGUCUCGUAUGCCGACCUUUGGAUCUUCGCAGCCACUGUCGCCAUCGAGGAGAUGGGUGGCCCCAAGAUGACCUUCAACCCAGGCCGCAAGGACAAGGCCAGCGGCAAAGAGUGCCCAGUGUGGGAGGGCAAGACCCACAAGGACGGCAGGUUGCCGGGUGCCGAUGCGGGCAGCCCUGACAAGACAGCUGCACACUUGCGCUACAUCUUCAACCGUAUGGGCUUCGACGACAGGGAGAUCGUGGCGCUCAGCGGAGCGCAUGGCCUCGGCGCGUGCCACACAGAUCGCUCGGGCUUCUGGGGCCCUUGGACACGGGCACCGACGACCGUGAGUAACGAGUACUACCGCGAGCUCUUGGAGAACAAGUGGACCAUCAAGACCACGCACAAGGGCAAGCCGUGGUCGGGGCCGAUGCAGUUCGAGGACCCAACGGGUGACCUCAUGAUGCUCCCAUCGGACAUUGUGCUCAUCCAGGACAAGGAGUUCCGCAAGUACGUGGAGCUUUACGCCAAGGAUUCGGAUACCUUCAUGAAGGACUUCGGUGCCGUCGUUGGGAAGCUCUUCGACUUGGGGCACAAGGCUCCUAAGAAGGGGUUCUUCUCUUGAGCGCGGCCGCAGCGAUGCCAUGAGGAGGUUGGAGGGUACCCAUUUACAGCGCCCUCAGAGGGCGGGAAUGUACCCACAUCCAACGCUCCGCCAGCUCCUCGGCGGCACCUCUUCCAUUCGGCGGAUAUGAACGAAUCGCUGGUGUGGAGAUGAGGUCCGUCGGAUGAGAUUGGUCAGACCGUGACAUAGCGUCAUGUCGUUACAGGUUUCCUGCCACUUCGUUCUAAUUUUUAGGUCUUUAACAUAUCUUGCCGCUGACAUGUGGUUUGUGGCGAGGUUUUCUGAUUGUUUAUUGCUAGGUGGAACAGCAGCCGACCAGCAACCAUGAAUAAGCAGCGUCCUAUCUGCGAAGAGGAGGAUCCAGAUGAGAUUUCUAGCCUGUGCCCGGGGGUCGGCAGACUGACGCAGAGUCCCAAAUGCCUUUCUCGAAAGUAGAUGCCCA